AUGGGCUACGCGAAAAUAGUGACAGAGGACUUUGAAUCCGAAUGGGAGCAGAUCGCCGAUGAGUAUGGGUUACGCGAGAAGCAAUGUUCAUGCCAGAUGCAUGAUAAAAAGGAGAUGUGGGCAAGUGCUUAUCUGCGUGACAAGUUCUGCGCGGGAUAUCGGACAACAUCCCGAUGUGAAGGCAUUAACGCAUACGUGAACAAGUUUUCGAAGUCCACCCACACAAUUUACGAGUUGGUUCAGAGCUUAAAGAUGGUUGCCUUAUACACCAGAGAAGUGUUUGGGGAUGUCAAGAAGGAGAUUGAAGGGGUGGGUGCCUUGAACCUGAUUAACAAAAGGAGGAUCAUGAAUACAAUGGUAUACAGCUUGGAGGAAUAUGAGGAACCUGAUGUGCACAUAAUGGCGUCCUUCGGUUGGUCGACUAGGAAUGUAAGUUGUCAAUGUAAUUUCUGGAAGAAGCAUGGAUAUCCAUGCAAGCACAUGUUCUUUGUGAUGAAGGCAGAGCAUCUGAAGGAGAUACUCGAUAAGCUCGUUCUGAUGAGGUGGAGAACUGAUGCAAAGUCCCCUGAGCAGUACACGGAAAAUUGGGGAGACGUUAGCGAGCACGGUGUUAUCCUCCGGCAUGGGGCACUCCAUUUCGCAUCGCAGUGGAUGUUUUUCCUAGGGGCACAAAGGUUGGCAUUGUUCCAAAAGGCAAUGCGUGGAAUUCAAUCCUUAUGUAAAGACCUCGAGUUGGAUUACAAGGCUUUUCAUGGUGGGGUUAGGCCGAGCGCCGAACAUGCCGGUGAAGGAAAUCCCGUGGUUAGGGACCCAGUUGUUGCUCGGUCAAAGGGGGCCCCAAAACUUGGAAAGAAAAAAUCCCUUGGUAAAAGGCGAUGUUGCACAUGCUGCAAGCGUACGGGACACACAAAGAGAAAGUGCCCAACCAAGGGUGAACAUGAUGCACAACACGAGUUAGGUGACGAUGCAUUCGAGGGGGGACGAUUUAGACAUGCCUGA